AUGGCCAUCCAGGAACAGACCCUGGCACUGCUGGCAAUGGCCAUGGCCACCACGGGCAUCGAGGUGGUGACCCUGGACAUGGCCCAGGACUCCUUCGAUGACGAGUACCAGGGCUGCGGCCCUGCCAUGACUGAGGCGUUGCCAGCCCUCAACCGCUCCGACUUUGGGCAGAACCCUCUCUUUGCCAAGACCUGGACUAAGGCCAGAGCCACAUGGCAGAGUCGGGGGUCCCGUGUGUCCCCUCUGUCAUCCCCAGCCCAGGCCAUCGCCCUCAUGGCCUACACGAUGGAUGACCUGUACAGAGAGUUCAACCCAGCCGUGCACAGGGCCGGGCGCUCCAGGCAGGAAUACCGGGACAACUUCCACUUCAAAACUCUGCAUUUCCUGCUGACCCAGGCCCUGGCGACACUGAGGGUCACUCAGAAACCAAAGUGUCAGGAUGUGUACCGGAGGGUGUGUGGGGUCAGGUUCCAGGCAGAGUACGGUGAUGUCGUGCGGUUUGGUCGAUUCACGUCGACGUCACAGAAUGAAACAACCUCCCAGCAAUUCGGGAGAGACACGAUAUUCCAGGUGUACACGUGCCAUGGUGCAGAAAUCCACGAAUUCUCCAAAUAUCCUGGCGAGAUGGAGGUGCUGAUCCCACCCUUUGAGACCUUCGAGGUCAUCGAAGUCAGCAAGAAAGGAGAAAGCGUGAGGAUCCAGCUCCGCUCCACAGGGACCUUCAGCAAAUACAAGUGCGAGUGGCUGCAAGGUGAUGCCACAGGUGGCAGCGCCCCCAGGGCUCCCUUCCAUGUCGGAGGACUCCUCCUGGCCACCACGGCCCUGGCAGUGGCCACUGGGAUCCUCUGAGCCACGAGGCCACUGUGGUCUCCAAGGUCACUGUGGUCACUGUGGCAAGCAUGGCCACCAUGGCAACCAAGGUCACUGUCAUCCCUGUGGCCACCACAAUCACCAAGACCACCAUGACCUCUAGAGAAACAAGGCCACCAAGGCUACCAAGGCCACCACAGCCACUCUGGCCACCUUGGCAGCUAUUGCCACCAUGAGGUCACUGUGGCCACCAUUGUCAUUGUGGCACUGCGGCCACCACAGCCACUCUGGCCUCAUGGUCACAAAAAUCAACAAGGCUUCUGUGGCCACCAUGAUCACCCAGAGACCCGGAGCCACAAAGUUACAACAGCCACUGUAGCCACUGUGGCCACCAGUAUCAUUGUGCAAAGCAAUUCUAUGAAAUAAUUCUAUCAAAACAAUUCCAUUAAAUAAAUCUGACAAAGCCAGAAAAAAGUGACAAUUCCUAA